AUGAGAUUGAGUACGGUUUUUGCAACAUUUUUGGUAUGGUAUAUGUCAUUGGUGACCGCUAUUUCCAAUAAAAGGUUGCUUGAAUUAUCCCAGAAAGAUGGGAACGUGAUCAAGUUGAAUUCUAAAAACUACGAGAAGAUUUUGAACUCUCCUAGAAAAUCAGAUAUCGUGGUGUUCUUCACAGCAACUGCUACCCAGUUUUCUUGUACUUUAUGUCUUGAAAUGUCACCAAGUUUUGAUGUUGUUGCCAACUCGUGGUUUUCUGAUCAUGCCAAUGGUAUCUCUAAGGAACUUGAAAACCAUGGUCUGUUCUUUGCUAAGUCUGAUUUCAACGCAGAAUCUAAGCAGCUAUUCUCUCAGUUCCAAUUGACUAGUGUGCCAGCAUUUCUAGUGUUCAAAGCUGGUGGGAAGUCAAUAAACGAUGUGGAAAAGAUUACCGUUGCAACUGAGCUAGGUGCAAAUCAUUUGAACUUCCUUGCAGAUAACAUCAAGAAUGCCGUGCAAAUCCCAGAUUUAUUCGUUUAUGAACCGAUUAACUGGGGCGCUUGCAUUACCACUGUGGUUACCGUUGCUAUUGUCACUUUUGUUCUGGUGAGAUAUACUUCUGCUUUGUUAAACGUACUUACUCUAAGACCGUUAUGGGGUAUCGCCUGCUCUUUCUGUAUUACUACAUUGAUUGCUGGUGCAAUGUUUAUCAAAAUUCGUGGAUCACCAUUCUCUGGUAUGUCUGCUGAUAGAAAAUCUAUUGUAUAUUUUCUUGAAGGGCAAUUACAAAAUCAAUAUGCCAUUGAGUCCCAAAUCAUUACUGUGCUAUACAGCGUUCUAGCGUCAUCUUUCAUCGGACUAAUAUGUGUGGUUCCUUAUAUUCAAAAGUGGUAUCAGAAAAAACAGCAUUACGGUAAGGCUGCGAUAGUGAACUUUUCAUUAGCACUAUUUUUCACUGCCGUCAUUUACAUUUUCUACAGUGCUCUGAUGGCUGUAUUUGCAUUAAAGAACACAGGAUAUCCAUUCAAACUAUUCAAAAACCCUUUCAAAUAA